AUGUGUGGUAUUUGCUGUGUUGUUACCUUGUGCAGCCAGCGUGCGAUCCGUGAUUUCCUCAGUGAAGACAUCCUCUGCCAUCUAAGAAGAAGAGGACCAGACAGUAGCCAAGAGUUGAUAAAAACUGUGUCUGAUCUCUCUUAUGAAUGCCUGUUUUCAGGCCAUGUACUUCACUUGAGGGGACUGGUGACUCCUCAGCCUCUGGAAGAUGCCAGUAACAAUGUUUUUCUUUGGAAUGGAGAAAUUUUCAGUGGACUGCAUGUAGGAAAUCUUGAGAAUGACACUGAAGUAAUGUUUCAUCAUCUGGCUUUAUGCAGUAGUGAAGUGGACAUUUUGUCACUCUUUUCAUCACUUCAGGGUCCCUGGUCUUUUAUUUAUUAUGAAGCACCCAGACACAGUUUAUGGUUUGGCAGAGAUUACUUUGGCCGCCGUAGUUUGCUUUGGCAGUUCAGUAGUGAGGUUGACAGCGCUUUCUGUCUCACAUCUGUAAGUGGUUCUUCUGAAUCAGGCAACCAAUGGCAAGAAGUCCCAGCAUCUGGAAUUUUCAAAAUUGAUCUCAAAGCUUGUGCAGCAGCUAAAUCUUUGUCUUUAACAUUGUUUCCAUGGAAGUACAGCUGCAGAGAGAAAGCAGUAGAAGAAGAAACAUGCAUUAAUGUUCUUGACCAAGUGUCAAAAGACUUACCAAACCAUGUACAUCUCAUGGUGAAUGAAUCAAAGCUGUGUCUUAGAGCACCAGUUAUCCCCUUAAAUAAAACAGUUUCUAAAGCUUCAGGUGCAUGUCCAAGCUCUAAUUUUAGCAAUAUUAACUGUAUGGUUUCUGUAGAAACCCUUCAAGGAUUUCUUGCAGAGGAACACAAGAAAAAAUUAGCCUGUCAGUUUAUUGAUGUUUUAAAUGAAGCAGUCAAGAGACGAGUCCUUUGUCUCUUUAGAGAUCCAGAUCAGAUAACAAGAGAAGUUCCAAGCAUGUCUCGUAAGAGAGCACACAUUGCAGUGCUCUUUUCUGGUGGCGUUGAUUCUAUGGUUCUUGCAGCCCUGGCUGAUAAACACGUGCCUAUGGAAGAGCCAAUUGAUCUCCUUAAUGUAGCUUUCAUGAAGAAAGAGCAAGCUAAGCACAGGGGUACCACUAAAAGACAUACCGGCCAUGAAGUACAGCUUGAUUUGCUGGGUCCUCAAGAAAGCUGUCAAGAUCCUGCUGCUGACACUGGUACUCAUUUAUCUUGCUUUGAUGUUCCUGACAGAAUCACUGGUAGGGCAGGACUGAAGGAAUUAGAAGCCAUUAACCCUUCAAGAACCUGGAACUUUGUGGAAAUUAACGUUACACUAGAGGAAUUGAAAAAAAUGAGAAAACAGCGUGUUAAUUACUUAAUCUAUCCACUGGGUACAGUCUUGGAUGACAGUAUUGGCUGUGCAAUUUGGUUUGCUUCCAGAGGAGAGGGCUUCAUUAGUAACCAAGGAGAACUGAAACCAUAUAAAAGUCCUGCAAAGGUUGUGCUUACAGGAAUUGGAGCAGAUGAGCAGCUUGCUGGGUAUUCUCGACAUCGUGUUUGCUUCACAAAAUUUGGCUUAGAGGGUCUUAAUAAAGAACUAGAAAUGGAGUUAGGGCGCAUUUCCUCUCGAAAUCUCGGGAGAGACGACAGGAUCAUCGGUGAUCACGGAAAAGAAGCCAGGUUUCCUUUUCUUGAUGAAGAUGUUGUCUCAUUCCUCAAUUCUCUGCCUGUCUCAGAAAAAGCUGAUUUGACUUUACCUCGAGGAAUUGGCGAGAAACUGAUUCUGCGCCUUGCAGCCAGGGAGCUGGGCCUGACAGCCUCCACUGUUUUGCCAAAAAGGGCAGUACAGUUUGGAUCUCGGAUUGCAAAACUAGAGAGCAACAGUGAAAAAGCAUCUGACACAUGCAGCAGGCUGAAGUUACUUUCAGUAGAUGAAUUAUAGAGCUGUAGCUGGAGAUGUUGCAUUUAUUCUAUACACAAAGUCAGUAAAUUAAGUUUUUGUACAA